AGACCCGCCUUCAGGGUGGUGUCGCCGUUUGGUCCCGCCCCUCGCGUAUUCUACUUCCGCUGGGGGAAAACUUGCUUCCGGUGGUUCUGUGGCCCACUCACUGCCCGGCAGCAUGGCUGAGCGGCAACCCCUGCGGGUCUUGUGUCUGGCGGGCUUCCGGCAGAGCGAGCGGGGCUUCCGAGAGAAAACUGGAGCGCUGAGGAAGGCGCUGCGGGGCCGCGCCGAGCUCGUGUGCCUCAGCGGCCCGCACCCGGUCGCCGAGGUGGCGGGCCCCGAGGGCGUGGAGCCAGACUCCGGUCCAUGCCCUCCUGAGGAGCAGCCUCGAGGCUGGUGGUUUUCUGAAGAGGAGGCAGACGUUUUCUCCGCACUGGAAGAGCCCAGGGUGUGCAGAGGUCUGGAGGAAGCUCUGGAAACGGUGGCACAGGCACUGAACAAGCUGGGGCCUUUUGAUGGACUUCUUGGGUUCAGCCAGGGGGCUGCACUAGCAGCCCUUGUGUGCGCCCUGGGCCAGACGGGCGAUCUGCGCUUCCCUUUGCCCCGAUUUAUCAUCCUUGUGUCUGGUUUCUGUCCCCGGGGCCUUGGCCUCAAGGAACCCAUCCUGCAUAGCACUUUCUCAUUGCCUUCACUUCAUGUUUUCGGGGACACUGAUCGUGUCAUCCCCUCUCAGGAGAGUAUACAGCUGGCUAGCCAGUUCCCCGGAGCCAUCACCCUCACUCACUCUGGUGGCCACUUCAUUCCAGCAACUGCAUGCCAGCGCCAGGCCUACCUUAAAUUCUUAGACCAGUUUGCAGAGUGAAAGCUCAACAAACGCCUCUGCCCUUAACGUUUACCACCCACCCUUGGGGCAGCCUUUGUAGCUUAUGCCCUCCCCAUUAUUUCUCCCACCCUGGGACCUCCACUGUUAUACUAACAUGCUCCUCACCAAGACCACUUAAAGAAAGAACUAUCAGUUCUUAGGACUCUGAAUCCUUCCCUGCACUGGAGAAAGGGAGCAAAGACACUUACUGGAUUUUCAUAUUCAACAGGCCAGAAAGCCCUGGAUGAGAGGAUAACCUGGGAAAAGCAGGGUGGGCACUGCUGUUGACUGCCACACAAUAAAGUGGUGGUUUGGAUUUUAAGCAUCUUUUUUUCUGGCACACAGAAAAACCUAUUUUACAUCGGAAUUUUAGCCAUCCACACAACCUUCCCAGCAGCAUGAAGCAGGGCAGUACUUCCUGUCAUGAGCCCUAGGACAGGCUGGUGCACAUGUACAGUUGUAUGUUUUUGAUGGAAGUCUUAAGUCCCAAACUGAAGGAAACGAGGCAUUGAUGGCUGAAUUGGAAGAAUUUAUAUCUGAGAAAUUGUGGAAGAGAUCCUGAUCCCUCCAUCCUGAUUCCUAAAAAUUGUGUGCUGGUCUUCCCUCAGUCCCUGGCAAUGUUCUCUGCUGUUUCUUCCAUAACUGCUCUAGCCCUUCUGAACUGUGAGCUUGAAGAUAGGGAUGGUGCCAGACCUUGGGUAGAAGCCAGAUAGCACAGAAUAAACUGCCUCUUCCUAAGAUGAACCCAUCUGUAGGGUUUCUGAGAUUGAUGCUAUUCAUUAUUGAUGAUGCUAAUUAUCAUUGAUGCUGUGACUACAGCCAAGACUUAAGUAUCCCAACUGGUAUGCUCUUGGGGAGUGCACUUAAUGAUUGCUCACUCUAACCAUUUUCUUCCCAUUUCCAGUACCCUACCCUUCUUCCUACUGCUUUCUGAUGUCUCCCUUUACAAGAUGGUAGUCAGAUCUUUUUGUAGAAUUUCCGAACAGGUCCUAUCCCUUGGCCAUAGUGUCUCCCAGGGAGUUUAGUAAUUGAACAGGGAUUAGGGUUAGGGGGUACAAUGCAAGUACUCUAUAGUCUAUCCUAACAAUUACACUAACAUCCCUUAAGAUACUCAAAGUUCUAAGUUCCUCACUACAGCCAAAAGCUGUCCAAGAUAAAAAUGAAUUUACCUAGUCAGGUGUGGUGGUACAUUCCUGUAAUUCCCAAUGACUUGGAAGGCUGAGGCCAGAGAAUCCCAAAUCUGAGGCCAGAUUGUCUUAAAAUAAAAAGGUGCUAGGGAUGUUGCUUAGUGGUAAAAUCCCCAGUACCAAAAAACAACAACAAAAAAAACUAACCUGUCCCAGAGACCCAGUUUACUGGAUUUAGAACCUUUACAACAGGAAAUGAGAGAGGUUGGGAGCUUGCCUUUCUGCCUUGCUGUUGUUUUAAAGGGAUGACUCCCUUGGCAAAAGGCAGAGACUCUGAAGCAGACUGAACUACCUGUUGGAAUUGGCCCAUUAUGAUUCCUGGCUUUUCUGUAAAUAAUUGAUGAAUCUGCAGCUAGGAUUUAUACCCUUCUGGCAAUCAUAGGAUGCCCCUUUUAGCUGGGUUCCAAGAGGUGAAAAAUCACGACUUGCAUACCUCAGCUGCUGCUACUUGAGAUUAUCAAGAGGCUUAAAGGAGAGAGGGGAAAAUAUGCUGAGGGAUGAAUUUUAAGCCAGGGUUUAAAGGUAGAAGGGGAGGAGAUAGGUAGGGCAGAGCAACAAGUGGAAUAUGUUACCUUUCAUGUUCUCCAAGAACAAGAGAAUUAGGGGUUCCCUCGGCCCUUUGCACAGAUUCUAUAGAGUCCUUGGGUUAGGAGCUCUGUUAAAACUUGAGAUUCCUGGAACCAACUCUAGACCUACUGUCAGAAACACUGGGACUCUAGAAUCUUCAUCUUGGCAAACUGCCUGGCCAUUCCCCAUGGAGGUAUCAUUUGAAAAACCACUGCUUUAAGGGGGUAGAGUAAAAGUCUCUGGUAAGUAUGUGUAUUAGGGGAAAAAAAAAAAAAAAAGUCCUUAAUGUAGUUCUCAUGGAACUCUGGGGGAAAGGAAGAAACAGA